AUGUCGAUGAAGCUGUCAGAUAAUUUUAAAAUUAAUACAUUUUUUUGGAAAAUUUUCGCAAUUUGGCCCGGAAAUCAAAGAAACGAUUAUUACAAAUAUUAUUCUUUUGUUUAUAUUUUGAUUAAUUUGGUUAUUUAUAAUAUUUUACUUACUUUAAACUUGAUAUUUACACCCAGAAAAAUUGAGAUAUUCAUUCGAGAAGUGAUAUUUUAUUUUACCGAAGUUGCUGUAACUGUUAAGGUUUUAAUGAUCAUUAUAUAUAGAAAAAAGAUAAUAGCAAUUUUUUAUCUUAUGAAUUGUGACGAGUUUAGGGGCGAAGAUUCCGAUACUGUAAAUAUUGUCAAGAACGAUAAUUUAAUUUAUAAAGUGGGUUGGAUAAUCUAUGCGGUUAUAUGCAACUUUGCAUAUACAAUUAUAACAUUUUUACCAGUAUUAAUGAAUUUUAUUUGGAAUACAAAAUUAGAACUACCAAUUUGUAGAUACUAUUUCCUUAACGACGAUAUCCGUAAUGACUAUUUCGUAUAUUGGUUCAUUUAUCAAUCAUUCGGAAUUUAUGGCCACAUGAUGUACAAUGUAAAUGUAGAUACAUUUAUUGCUGGUUUAAUAUUAAUAGCAAUUAGUCAAAUAAAAGUACUACAAUUUAAAUUAGCAAACUUGAAAAUGAAUGCCACAUUGAAAUCACAGGAAGAACAGGAACAUUUACAAAUCUUGAAACUUAAAAAAUAUUUACAACAUUAUGACAUUCUUCUAAGAUAUUGUUCGAGCGUUCAAGAGAUAUUGGAUGUAGUCAUAUUUGUACAAUUUGGAAUGGCAUCAGUUAUCAUUUGUGUGGCAAUGUAUGGGCUGUUAUUGACGACUACAAAGGAGAGGUUUGUGUUCAUGGUCUUUUAUUUCUCGACGAUGUUAAGCCAAAUUUUUAUACCCAGUUUUUUAGGAACACGACUGUUUUAUGAGAGUGAAAACUUAGUGUUUGCAGCAUACAACAGUGAAUGGAUAGUAAGAUCUGAAAAAUUUAAGUUAAAUUUGAAACUCUUUAUGGAACGUGCUAAAUCUCCUAUUGUGUUAAAAGGCUUAAAAUUGUUCACACUAUCUCUCGGGGCUUUUACAUCGAUUAUGAAAACAGCGUAUUCUUUUUUAACACUUGUGAAAAACGUUGUCGAUCAGCAAGAUGAAAAAAUUUAAAGGCUAACAAAAUUCAUGAAAAAUUCAAUAACAAAUGGAUUUUUUUUAUGUAAAAAUAAGCAUUUAACACACGUCUGCAAUAGUAAACGAACGUUGGUGUAGAAAUCAAUUUAAAUCAAAAUAGUCAAUUUCUCUCAGUUGAGAAAUUAAACAUUCAAAUAAAUCUAAGUCUGGACUUGAACCGAAAACAGAACUAAAGCCAGAAUAGGAAGACUUAUUUAUAUUUACAUUAAAUUGAAUGCUUAUUUUUAAUAUAAAGCAAAAUGAAUGAACUUUUAAAGACACAAUUAUAUGCCAUUUUCUCUAUAUUUGUGACAGCCAAAUCUAUCGAUAAAAUAAUUUCUAUUGUUUCUCGCAUAAGAAAGAACAAGGCAGCAGACAUUGCCAUUUAAUUUAAUUCAUGGACUUAUUAGCUAUAAGGAUAUAGGUUGCCACCUAUCUGGGUAAUCUAGAUAAUCGAGAAGUUAGUAGACUAUUAUUUAAAUAAGUGAGUUUAAAUCACACAAUUAUUAUUAUAAAAAAAGUAAAUUCUAAAAUACUCCCAUCUGUAAUACUUUUAAACUCUAUAAGAUUUAAACGUUAUUAUACAUCGAACAGCAUUAUAUAAUAUAAUUAUUCUAUGAAAUUUUGAUAAAUAGUA